AUGCGAACUUCCCAGUCUGAAAUACCAGUGAACAAAGCUGCCUUUUCCCGCCUUGGCACCCAGGAAUUCAAGCAAUGUGUCCAAUUUGUGUCCCUUCUCCCUCAUGUGAAAGCUCUGAAUUUAGCUCUUUGUGAUGAGCUGAGUAGUUCCAUUUACUGGCAAUUAAAAGAUAAGCUGAUUGAUAUUGUGUGGGGUCAGUCUUUCAUGUCGCUCUUUCCUAGAUUCUUCAAGGUUCAAGAAAAACCAGGAAACUACAAAGAAAUUCAGCUUAAAGAGAAUUCGUUCAUCAAAAGGUUUGAAAAAGCUGAAGCUACCAAGUUCACCCUUUCAGAUGUGUAUAAUAUAGAACUUGAUAAUGGAAAAGAGGAAACUGUGUUUUUACACGAGCAAGAAUUGAUCACAGCAUUAUACACGGACACCGAUUUUUAUACCUCUAUUGGGCAAGAAUUCUGCAUAAUAUUUGAUGUAAUGUAUGCGAAAACGGGAACUGAAGCUGUUGUGGAAUCUUUUUACGGGGUGGUUCGCAGUCAGGAAUGGAUGGUGGUCAAAGCAUUAAAGUUCUCGGUGACAGAGCAAAAGUUGAUUGGUGUUUUCCCCCAGUGUUAG